AAAGAAAUCUAUCAUUAUUAAGCAAACAAGCAGGAUAUGGCUGGUGUAGAAAGCAUUUACUGUGACUUAUGUGUUCAAGAUAACAACAACAUACAAGCUGUGGCAUUCUGUAAGAACUGCACGGAAUUUUUCUGUGAUACAUGUGCAAGGUUCCAUUUGAGACAGGCACUUGCAAAAACACACACUGUUUUGAGAGGAAAGGAUUUGCCAAAGGAUUCAUCAUUGAUUAAACGGAAACAAAUACUGGUUGAUUAUUGUGAAAAAGGGCAUACUGAUGAGCUUUUAAAGUAUUUUUGCAAGAACUGUAACACUCUUGCAUGCUCUAUGUGCAUACUUAAUGCACACAAGGAAUGCUCCAAGGUUGAAUGUCUUCAAGACCUUACAAAUGAUGAAUUGGAUAAAGAGUAUGGCGAUUUCAUAUCAAUGUCUAAAGAUAUGGAAAGGUCGAUACAUAACUAUCACAAUAAAGUAAAUGCCAAUAGAUUGCUGAUAAAUCAAUAUCACAAGAGCGCAAUGCAUGGCAUGCAAAAAGACGAAACGGGCCUGUUAGAGCAAGUGGGUGCUGCUUCAGAAUCUGCCCUACAAGACGUAGACAAAAUCAAAACCCGAAAGUGGGAAGCUUUAGACAAACUGACAGAAAAACACAAAUAUCUCGAAAAGAGGAUUUCAAUGUUCAAGGAAAGAAUUGCAAGUCGAUCUACCGCAGACAAAAAGGCUCAACUAUUUAUUCAGAUAUUUCGACUGGAAAAACAAUUGGAUACAAUACAAAAAGAAACUAGUAGUCUAUUAAAAGAAAUCGACACGGAUGCGUUUCGUUUCAGAUACAUUCCCAAGACAGACGACACUAACCUCACAAAAGCAGGUGACGUCGUCGAUAUAACGAUCCAAACGACAUCAACAUUUUGAACAUUAGAUGACUGGUUGCAUUCAGCGAUCGAUAUGACUUAUUUAAAAAACGUUUAAAAAGUGUUAUGUAACCUAAAAUGUUAUUGGUGUCAUUUGUUUUGCCUAUUGAUAAAGAGGAGCAUGUACAGUGAGAACUGGUAUAUGAAAAUAAAAUACCGGUUUUGAACUAAAUCUAGAACAAACAUAGGUUAUUCAUGAAAUGCUGUUUCAAGGCUCACUUAGUAUUCCACAUGACCCACAUUUGUUAUCAUGUAUUGUUAGUUGAUCAAACAAAGAUU